CAACCAUAAACACACCGCGAGUUUUGGACCAAUAAGGGCCCGUGGACAACUCUGAAGCACGGCCCCCUUCAGUCUGCCCUAGACCGAGCGUGUGGGACGUCCGGACAACAGCGGGACCAUAGCGCAGACUCACGCCAACAUGACCGCUGCGCUCUGGGCUUUGGUUUGCUCCGGCGCGCUGCUUCUGUUUCACCUCGAACCAGCCUCCAGCGCAGUAAAUGUCCCAGAUUCACACAUAAUGCAGAGGCCAGUUGACGUGUCAGAGCUCUUUGAUGAUCUUGAAGAUGAUUCCUUAUGGCAGCGUGAGACCACCUUUAUCCCACAACAAGUCAUGCAAGAAGCGAUCCCAGAUUCACACUUCCUGCAGAGAGAGAUGGACAUGUCAGAGAUCUUGUCUGAGUUUAAACUACAACCUGGUCCUGCCUUUUCUCCCAGAGCAAGUCGUCCCCGUGGUUUUGCCCCUGUUGAACCUAUAGAGAAGUACCACGUGGUUUUCCCUCUCGCUCGCCCCACUUCCCAAAACAUACGGUCCAUUUGUCUCCAUGGAAAUCGACGUCCGCGUUACCCUGAAUCCUACUUCCCUAGUUCUGGUUUUGGAGUGAGCAAGCGAGAGGGCGAUGCAGUGAACACUCUGGAGGCCUGGUUUGGGACGUGCUGUGGACAGGAUCAGACAGAGGAAAAGCUCCUCUGUUGCGCCACACAAGCUUGGGAGAAGUCUAUCAAUCAUUUUUGUGAAGUGGGAUUUCGCAUAAAGACUACUCAUUUCCACUGCUGUAAACGCAACAGCAGCGAGAGGCUUCCAUGCUUUGACCGCGAAGCUCCAAACCCAGACUACAACCCAACAGAGGAGUCAGCUGUGGAACCCGUGGCCCCCGAUGUCGAGUUCAACUUUGACCCCACCUCCUGCCCUACGACGUCAAUGACUCCUCACAGCAUCAGAGACGGAAGAAGAGAAAAAAAGGGAAAGAAACCAGCUAUGCCUAUUGAACUGGAUCUGGACUUCCCUCUUGCCGCACCGACCGAUUCUAACAUCGAGUCUAUUUGUCGUAAUCGCAAACUGCGACCGCAUUACAACAUCAAGUGUCUGAAAGGUCUGGACCUUGCGGCUCUUCAGGCAAAGUCCAUCAACUCCCUCGAAAAAUACUUCAAAAUCUGCUGCAGAAACAAGGAACGCAUUCUCUCCUGCGCACAGACAUCAUGGAAGGAGGGGAUGAAAAAGUUCUGCGUCGCUUCUACACAGAAAAGGAUUGAUUUCCCCUGCUGUGAGGGUGGAGUUCAGUUUGAGUGCUUUAAAAACAUUUCCACAGACCCUGACUACAGCAAGAUUAACACAGAGGAACCCUCACUGAGCAAAAUAUGUGACACUCACAAGAUUAUCACAAAGAAAUACCCAGUUGGAUUUCCUCUCAAGAGUGUGGUGAACAAAUGCUGCCACCUGUUGCCGACAGAGAGAAGUGCAUGUCUCCCACAGGCGGUGUUGGAACUGUUUCAAGCUACUUGUUCAUCCAAAAAGUCUCCACCAUCUGUCAAACGCUGCUGCCGUUUAUCGUCUGCAGAGUGUUUCAAUAAAGUUCUCAUGGAUGCCAUCACCAAGGCAACCUCACGCCCAAGAAAGAAAAUAUGCCCAGUGUCCCAAAACCUGUGAAUGACCUGUGUAGACUCUACUGGAUAGGGUUUUUAGACUAAGUGCUUAGAAGUGUGAAAGUGCAAACUGUCUUUUAUAGAGAGAGAAUUUAGAUAAAGAAAGAAUAUGGUUUAACCUACUGUCCUGAAUGCUCUGUACACUAGAUUCACUAUCACUAUUUUUAUAGAGGUCUUUUCACAGAGAUUAUCCAUCUUUUUCAGAUCAGAUGUUAUGUUUUUAUUCUUUUGCUGUUAUUUUGUGUAUUAUGUGUGUCCAAUAAACCUUUAAUAAAACAACCAAA